AGCAGGCAGGAGAGUCCUGGAGUGGGAAAGAGGACAUUUCACCCUAACACCCUAUGGAGUAUUUUGAUUGCCUUUUACUGAGGCAGAGCACAGUAAUAGUGAAGGUGUUUUUGACUGCAAAUCUAUGCUCCUGCUACACAGCAAUGGUCAGAGGAAACCAGGCAGGCAGGCAGGGGGCAGGGUUGGGGAAAGAUAUCCCAGAGGGGAACUAGUGAAAAGGGUCCUAAAGAAGGGGUGACUUCAGGGAUAAAGCAAAACAAGUCAGGGGAACAAUGUGAAAGAUGGGAACAGUGGUUGGGACUGGGAAGAGGUUUGGGGCUGGGUGCUGAAAAUAGUAUGGAGUCCUUGAAAGUACACAGGCUUGGAAUCAUACUAACCUGGAUUUAAAUCCCAGUUCCGUUGUGUGACUCUAGACAAAAAACUUGGCCUUUCUGAGCUGUGGUUUGUAAAUAUAAGGACAGUAACUGCUACUGGCAAAGGCUACACAAAUAACAAGCAAACUGUUUGAGUGUGGGUUUCCCUCCCUACCUCCCUCCACCCCAGGGCCCAGGUAGGGACCAUGUCCCCUGCCAUUGCAUUGGCCUUCCUGCCACUGGUGGUAACAUUGCUGGUGCGGUACCGGCACUACUUCCGAUUGCUGGUGCGCACGGUCUUGCUGCGAAGCCUCCGAGACUGCCUGUCAGGGCUGCGGAUCGAGGAGCGGGCCUUCAGCUAUGUACUCACCCAUGCCCUGCCUGGUGACCCUGGCCACAUCCUCACCACUCUGGACCACUGGAGCAGCCACUGCGAGUACUUGAGCCAUAUGGGGCCUGUCAAAGGUCAGAUCCUGAUGCGGCUGGUGGAGGAGAAGGCCCCUGCUUGUGUGCUGGAAUUGGGAACCUACUGUGGAUACUCUACCCUGCUUAUUGCCCGAGCCCUGCCCCCUGGGGGUCGCCUUCUCACUGUGGAGCGGGACCCACGCACGGCAGCAGUGGCUGAAAAACUCAUCCGCCUGGCCGGCUUUGAUGAGCGAACGGUGGAGCUCAUCGUGGGCAGCUCAGAGGAGGUGAUCCCGUGCUUACGUACCCAGCAUCAGCUGAAUCGAGCAGACCUGGUGCUCCUGGCACACCGGCCACGAUGUUACCUGAGGGACCUGCAACUGCUGGAAGCCCAUGCUCUACUGCCAGCAGGUGCCACUGUGCUGGCUGACCAUGUGCUCUUCCCUGGUGCACCCCGCUUCUUGCAAUAUGCUAAGAGCUGUGGCCAUUACCGCUGCCGCCUCCACCACACUGGCCUUCCAGACUUCCCUGCUAUUAAGGAUGGCAUAGCUCAGCUCACCUAUGCUGGACCAGGCUGAGGUCCAGGCCCAGGGGUACUUACUGAUGUCCACUCCCACUCCCAUUCCCACCCCCACCCAAGCAAGGACCUCAGAAUAUCCCCUCCCUUUCCUGUUUGGGCCCUGACACAUGCUGAGUUUAGGGCUGGGGAGGCUCUCUUUCCACCUCUGACCCCUUUCAGCCUCUACACUGACCUGAAGUGUCAACUUCUAUCAGAUUGCUUGGUCUCACUAGGCCCCCUCUUUCCAGAGAGAACCAUGGACUGACAGCAAGAAGCCUGAGCUCCCAACCCAGCUCUGUCACUGAUUUGCUGAGUGACUCCAAGGGAAUCCUUGCCUUGCUCUGAGAUGUAAUCUUCUCUCUUAGAUUUAACACUAAGGAAGUUGGCUGGGAGAGCUCCAAGGGCCUUCUAGCACUUGGCCUCAGAAAGCCUCUCGUCCUCAACCCAUGCCAUGCUGGGUGGGAUCACAGGAAGCGGAAGACAGUGAGUCAGAGGCCCUGCAGGAAUAGCUGGAUACACACUGGGACAGACGAAAUGGUACAGAACCCUGGGCCCAGGGCCAGGAAUGCCCUGGCCUUCCCCAACCCAGGCCCACAUAGCCAAUUAGGUUUGCCUGAUACCCCUUGAGUGCCCUUUCCCCAAAGCCCAAGAGAAGAUGCUGGACUCCUCUGGGCCCCACCAACAAACAGGGAAUAGACAUGGGGAAAAAUCACUCCUUUGUCUUUAUUAAAGAAACUUAGAAAGAAACCAGACCUGGCAACCAAGGGAUGAGGUACUGGCCAGGAAGGUGAAGUGGGGCUCAGGCCCUGGGGAUUUCAAGUGCAGACUGAUGGCCUGGGAGGGGCCAAGGACACCAGAUCCUGGCAGCAACUGAGGAGGUACCCAAGGGCACUUUCAGGCACUGGGGCCAUCAGCUGGUUCUGUGGGCAGGGGUUGGGGGUUGGGAUGCAGGGUAGGUUGGGCUGGCCUGGAAUCUCCCUGAGGCCACCCUGCCUUGUCUACCUAGAUCAUCCACUGGUCCUGAUCCUGUUCGUUGCCUUCCAUGUCCACCUGGAGAGGAGGCUGGGUGUGGGUGGGGAGGAGCCUCAGCCAGCCUCAGCCCCAGAUCCUGCCCCUGGCUGGAUCCAGGGUUUCUGUACCCCUUGGCCAUCAAUCAGGUCAGAAGCAGGGGCCCAGGAACAGAGGCCCUCCCCUAUACCCCUUGUCUACCUCAUUGACCUCUCCAUCAUCAGGUGACUCAUUGUAGUCAUUCAUCUCGUCCAUGUCCUGCAUGUCCUCAUCAUCCUCUGAGUCUUCUUCACUAUCCUCAUCGUCUUCAUCAUCUUCUUCCUCCUCGUCAUCAUAGUGCUGGUGGACAGAUGAAAGCCUGUAAGCCCUACAGGCCUGUGUGAACCAGUUCAAGAAUUGACCCACUUGAAGCCUCUCUCUAGGGCCAAUGAAUGACCCCCACCCCCACUCCCCAACCCUGCCCUCCUUGAAUCUAGCAGGCUGGUGCAUGUUCUGCAGGACCUUAGUGCUAGGCCCAGUGCCCACCCCUUCUAUCUCCCCUUUUCGGCCUUCACCCAGAUCUGAGAACCACAACUGCUCUAGGUCAGAGACAGGAUAUUCAGAAUUAGAGCAGACCCGCGAUCCACCCUGGGACCCACAAAGGCCCCACCUGCUGGAGCCACUCACCUCUGAUGCUGGCUUGCCAAUAGGAACCAGGUUGUUGUCUUUCUCUGCGAUGCUUUGGAGCUGUGGGCAAAGGCAUGGAGGAACAAGGCCAAAGCCCAAGUAGGGCAGGUCAGGGGCAUAGGACUGGCCCAUUCUACCCAGAAGACCUACACGUGUCGGGGAGAAGCUUCCUCCCAGUUCUUAGGAAGAUUCAAUCUCUUUCUUGUCAUCUGCCAUUUAUGAACUUGAUCCAAAUAAUUAAACUUUCGGAGCCUUGGUUUUCUCAUAUAAUUAUGUUGAGGAUGAAGUGAGAGACUUACCAGCCUAGAAAGUGUCAUCUACUAGAUCCUCAAUUAAUAGUCAAAAUUAUUUCCUAUGCUUUAGGGAAAAGAGCUUGGGCUGAGUGUGAGCAGCCUGAGCUCUAAUCUGGCCCAGAAGUCCCAUGGUCCCCCUGUAAAUUAGGGUACUACAAGAUGAAAACCUUGGCUCCCUGGCUCCCAGACUGAUUAUUCCCAGCUCAGGGCGAAAGCUCUUCCUGGGCAGAUCUCCACAGUAAGGCUCGGUCAUGGCCCACUGAAGGGGGUCUCUGUGCUGUGCUAGGUGCUCACUCACCCAG